AUGACCCUCCCAACGCUCUCAGUAUCGACCAGUAUGUCGACCUCCACGCAAUCUACCGUUACCGCUAGCACAACUGCUACACCUGCCAUCCCAUGUUCACCAACCGAUAGGGGCCAUCUAGGAAAUUAUGUCUCAAGAAUAAAGACUCCUAGCAUAAUUUUCUGGACUGAAUGUUUUACUGAUUACCCAAAUGGAGGUCCCGGUGUUUUGUGGGAUAUGAAAAAUGUGCCAGACUUACUGGUCCUAGCAACACAAACUUUUGACGGGCGUAUGGAUGAGUGUGUUGUCUACAACGCCGGUCUUCCACCCACUCCAUCACCGAUACCGUGUAACGCUGUGGUAUAUAACUGGGAAAGCACGGGGUCGAAUUGCUGGUUGAAAAAUGAUAUACCAGAACAGAAUUGUGUCUACGAAUGA